GUAAAUCUAAAUAUUUAAACGUAAAUGAAAAUAGUCACAUAAUGAAAUUCUAAAAUGAUCUGGGAUAUAAAAGAUGAAAAUGCGCUGUAUUGUCUUAUUUUUUAUUGUACUUCUAAAUAUUCAUAGUUUAAAAACAGAGUCUGUCGACUAUACUCUAAAAAAUAGUCGAAUGGAUAUUCCAAUUUCACUUCACGAGGAAAAAAUGAAAGAUCUGACAUUACUCUCUCCGCAAAUAGACGAUAGCAGCGAGCACGAAUGGAAUAAUAUCGAAUUGAAAUAUCAGCCGAACAAUUAUAGAAAAAUUGUUAAUUUGAAUGAUAACGAAGAAUAUAAAAAUGAGGAAAUUGAUUUUACAGAUGAUCAGUUUAAAUCAAUCGAUCAAUUAAAUGAGGCGCAAUUGAUACAAUUAUCCAAAUACUUAAUCAAACUUCUACAACGUCCUGAUCUUUGGGAAGCUCCGCUUAUAUUAAUAAAAGAUCCUCAGGAUAACGUAGAAGAGAAAACUUUUCCUUUAGAAUUUGGUCUUCAAAAUAUCUCCAAGAGAUCACGUUAUUAUCGACGAUAUCCAUGGAAACGCCAAAAUUCUAGAUCUUAUAACAGCAUGGAUUAUGAUCCCUAUAACGCUUGCAACCCAACGAGAAACGAUGUAUUUCAAUUGUUGGGCUCGGCAAGGAAAUAAAUCUCGUUUUGUGAAUUUCUGCAACCGUCGUAGACCCGCCAGCGCCGUAUACACGAACAUCCGCUUUC